ACUCAGUGUGGUAUACAGAGCUAGUGUAGUGCUGGGUGUGGAGCGGUCAGUGUGCUGUGGACUCUGUUGUUCUACUAGUGAGGAUGUUGCUGACUUUCUAUCUUCUCUUCAUCGGGCUUCAUGUCUCUGAAGGCUGCACUCUUGAAAACAGAGGAAGAGCAUUGUUUAUCACUGCACGUACAGGAGAGUCAGUGCUGCUGCCCUGCUACUGCACUGACCACGUGCCACCUGACGCAUUUAUUUGGGAGACAGAGAACACAGAUAGCAACAAGUGGGAAGAGGUAUCCAGUGAGAGCGGUCAGUACAGAGACAGAGUUCAGCUGUUUAAUGGCCACUCCCCCGGAAAUCUCUCUCUACUCAUGUCACACCUGACUGAAGAGGAUGGAGGACUGUACAGGUGUGAAGUUAAAGGGAGCGGAUACACAGACAUCAGUCUCACUGUUGAAGGUUGUAACCUGGAAAAGACUGAUAUAACCCAGUAUAUCACAGCACGUGCAGGAGGGUCAGUCCUGCUUUCCUGCUACUGCACUGACCUACACACCAAACCUGAGACAUUCACCUGGAAGAAACUCAACACAAACAUAAAAAUGUAUGAAGUGAUAUCCAGUGGGAGUGGUCAGUACAGAAACAGAGUUCAGCUGGUUAAUGGUCACUCUCCAGGAAAUCUCUCUCUACUCAUAUCACACCUGACUGAAGAGGAUGGAGGCUUUUACCUGUGUGAACUCACAGAAAAUAAACGCACAUACAUCAAACUCACUUUUGAAGAGGGUUCACUUAAAACUACACCAUCUACUGCGGUCACAAGCUCGUUUCACAUGACUACUACUCCUCCACAGUCCCUGCCCUUCGUCCCCUUCGCCUUGGUCACUGUGAUCUUUCUCCACAUUAUAGUAGCUGUGGUUUAUCACACCAAGAGAAACAAAGCUCAGGCAGAUCCCGCCGGAGUUCACUACAGCACUGCUGAUGGAGAUGGAGACAGAGUGGUCAGUCUGGAGUAGUGCAGCUCGGCAACACUGGCGUGGAUUCAUCAUGAACAAUUAGCAGCCAAAGUAUCUCAACAUGUUGUAUGAAUAUUUUAGAUUUCCAUUUGUUCUUGAAAAUGCUUGGAAUUGUUGAACUUUUCAUAAUGUUCUUUUUGUCUUACAUAAAAUUACGUGCAAAAGUUUGGGCA